AAAAUCCGCCGCCGCAAUAGGACAAUCGCAUCAUGCUUGAGCUGCCGUCAGCGCAAGUUGAAAUGCGACAAACAAGUGCCAUGCGGCAACUGUCAGCGGUUUCAGAGAGAUUGUUUGUACAUUGCUCCAGCCCUAGAUACUGCUGCUCAGCAGAAGCUGGCCGAGAUAAAGGAUCGACUUGGUGACCUCGAAGAGACUCUUGAACGUGAUGUCGCCCGCCGCGCUGCAGCUAAUUCUGGUUCCGAACGCUCUACGGUCGUACCCAAAAUCGAAGCUGAGGAUGAUGAUUAUGAUGGCUUGUCGGCCGAAGAUGAACAGGAUCCUGAACCCUCGCCGCUCGGCAUGUUUGACCAAGUAUACGACAACGAUGCCGAUGAUGGGCUUAUGGACCUUGGUAUCCAGCUCGGCAAGUUGCGAAUGUCUGAUAGGGUGGGCGGUUUAGUACGGCCGAAAAUGUCUGAUGAACUCAAUGCAAAACUACGCAGCGCGAGCCACAAGAGCCAGAAUCUUUACUGUCAACGCCAUGGCUAUACUGAUUCAAAUGCGUCAUGGCAACCUGGGACUGCAUCCCAAGACGCGUUCCUCAGCCCUGGCCCGGACUUCAUCGUCCCAUCCUCGAAUCUCUUCUUUCCAGAUCCCGUCACGGCAUAUUUCCUCCCUCCUCGACAUGUCGCCGAUCGACUCGUUGCACAAUACCUGAAUGCCGUACACCCAGUCGCUCGCCUCGUGCAUCAACCAUCCUUUGAGAGACAGUAUAACCUGUUUUGGAGCAACCUCAGUAAUGGUACAAUAACACCAGCUCCUAUUCAAGCCAUUCUUUUCGCUGCCAUGUUCUCGGCGGCCGUCAGUCUGUCAGGUGAUGCAGCUGCAUCCUUCUCUGACAUGUCGAAGCAUUUACUCGUUGACAGGCUUCGCGAAAUGACCGAGUUCAUGCUUUCCAGAGCGAAUCUGCUGAGAACGACGAAGGUAGAUACCAUGCAAGCCUUCAUCAUGUACAUGCUUCCUCUAUGUCGAACAGAGAUUUCUCGAGCACACUCUGCGCUAGUCGGAACAGCUAUCCGUCUUGCGCAAUGUAUGGGACUCCACCGCGAUGGCACUACAUUCGGCCUCAGUCCUGUAGAUACUCACGUCCGAAGGUUGAUUUGGUACCAGAUUUGCUACCUGGAUGUUCGGACUUGUGAAGCCACAGGACCUAGACCCCAGAUCCGCAAAGAUGAAUUUGAUACAAAAUUGCCACUUAACGUCAAUGACACGGAUCUCUUGUUACCCUCACCACCAACCGAGGAUCUACCCUACUGGACGGACAUGACAUUGUCUAAGCUCAAAUUUGAGUGUUUCGAACUCAUCCGCCAACUUUGGGUGGAUAUGCAGCGUAUGGACCAGAAAAAGCUCACUUUGACCUCUAUCCUGAACAGGAUCAAGAAGUUUCGCGCGACCACUGAAGCCAAAUACUCGCUUCUGGUUCAAGGCAAUACUCCGAAGCAGAUCCUUGCGAAACAGAUGUAUCGCGCUUCGAGCAACAGGGCUCUGGUUGUAAUUUUGCAACGCUAUGCCGUUGGUACAAAUUAUCCCAUGCCUGAAAGACUGCGUAAACUACUUACCGAGGCCUGUAUGGGUACUGUUGAAGCUGGUAUAGCUAUGGAGACUCGUCAAGAGCUGCUACCAUGGGCUUGGUAUCGCGGAGCCAUUCUACAGUACCAUGCUGCGGUGCUUCUGGUGUUUGAAGUUUACUCCAGGCCAGAGAUGCCCGAGGCGGCGCGGAUAUGGAGCAGUCUUGACUGGGUUUUCGAAACACCACCUCAAUCAUCCCCAUUGGAAAAAGCAGAGGGCAUUAUCAUGACGCUUCGUGAUCGUCUCGAAAAAUAUCACAGCGUACGGAAACUGCGUGCAACA